CACGCUUAACUCCGAGUCAACCAGAAAACAUGGCGUCAAGUCAUCCUAUCCAUGUUCAUCCCGCACGACCUCUGUAUCGCUUUACGGCUACGGCGUUGGGAGCUAGCAUGUGGUUUUUCUUAAUGUACAGAGCCAAGAAAGAUGGACCCGCCCUUUUAGGCUGGAAGCACCCUUGGGAUCAUUGAGGGCGCAAUGGGCUACUGUAUCAACCACUUCGCUGAGAGACAAAUACAAAUAUGAGCCGAACGGACAUAUCUUGAGAUGUAUAGUCGAAGAAAUGACUGGACCAGCCAAGCGGACUUGUGGCCUCCAAUGUCUCAACUCUGGAAUCGAGACAAGUUACAGGCUUAUUGGAAGCUGCAAUAGCUCUUUCUCUUUCUAUUCAUCAACUUGGACCAUUGCCCAGAGAGAAGCGAUCUAAUUUCGCAUUUCCUCGAGUAGCAUCUUGUAUCGACGGCGUUUCUUCGACUGACCUGGUCGUAGUUUUUGACGUAACUUCCCCACCUUGCGAGCAAGGUUGGGAAAAAUUCUUCUUUCUGCCGUCCAAGCAAUUAGGAAGCUUCCGCUAACAACUGCGAGCAACUGCCAAGCAAAGUAGUCUGGGAGAGACGUCAAUUGCAUGACACGUCUGAGCCACUG